CAUAAACUUUCAUUACUUACAAGUGUAAAACCCAAGAGAAAACCUCAAUCCAAACUAGCUAUGGCUACAACUGAUAUGUUCUACUACCACCUUUUCCUUCUUUGGUUUGUCACUGCGCUACUAGCACACUUCUUCAUCAAAACAUUCUUAAGGUCCCGUAGUCAAAACAACCUCCCACCGAGCCCGCCAGCUCUACCUUUCAUUGGCCACCUCCACCUAAUUGGGUCCGUCCUUGCAAAAUCUUUCCAAACCCUUGCCGUUCGCUAUGGUCCACUAAUGCAGAUCCGUCUAGGGGCAUCAACAUGUGUUGUUGCUUCUAAUGCUGUGGUGGCCAAAGAAAUAUUUAAGACCCAAGAUCUCAAUUUUUCCUCUAGACCUGAAUUUGGCUCCUCCGAAUACUUCAUUUAUAGAGGAUCAAGAUUCGUCACUGCCCAAUAUGGUGAUUAUUGGCGGUUCAUGAAAAAACUAUGCAUGACAAGGCUACUUUCUGUCCCUCAACUUAAGAAAUUCACCGACAUCCUUGAUGAAGAGAAGGUCAAGCUUGUCGAAUCGGUGACGGGGUGUGCUAGGGAAGGGAAAUUGUGUGAUUUGAGUAGUGAGUUUACAGUCUUCACAAACAAUACUAUAUGUAGGAUGACAAUGAGCACGCGAUGCUCAGGCAGUAAUAGUGAUGCUGAUCAGAUUGAGCGGUUGGUUAAGACAUGUUUACAUCUUGCAGGGAAGUUAAGUUUAGGGGAUGUUUUGGGUCCUUUCAGGAUUUUUGACUUCUCUGGGAAUGGGAAAAAGCUAGUUGGUGCACUACAAGCCUAUGAUAGGAUAGUGGAGAGGAUACUCAAGGAGCAUGAAGAGAAGGAAAAUAAAGGUGUCGAGGAAGGGGAGAGGGAGGAUUUGAUGGACAUAUUGUUGGAGAUAUACAAUGAUCCAACUGCUGAAAUUAAAUUAUCUAAAAAUGACAUAAAGUCCUUCUUGCUUGACUUAUUCUUUGCCGGGACAGACACAUCAGCAGCAGCCAUGCAAUGGGCCAUGGCAGAGCUCAUCAACAAUCCCAAGGCAUUCAAGAGGCUUAGAGAUGAGAUCAAUACAGUUGUUGGGCCUAAUAGACUUGUUAAGGAUUCAGAUGUCCCAAACCUCCCUUACCUUAAAGCAGUCAUUAGAGAAACACUAAGACUUCACCCUUCAGCACCCUUAAUCAUCAGAGAAUGCGCUGAAGAUUGUAAGGUCAACGACUUUGUCAUUAAGGCCAAGACAAGAGUUCUUGUCAACGUCUAUGCAGUCAUGAGGGACCAGGAAUCAUGGGCUAAUCCUGAAGAAUUCAUGCCUGAAAGGUUUUUGGAGAGCUCCGAGGAGAAAAUUGGCGAGCAUCAGAUGGAAUUCAAGGGUCAAAAUUUCCGGUUCCUUCCAUUUGGGAGUGGAAGAAGAGGAUGCCCUGGUGCAUCCCUUGCUAUGAUGAUCAUGCAUGCUGCAGUAGGGUCCUUGGUUCAGUGCUUUGAUUGGAAAAUCAAGGAUGGGAAGGAGGUGGAUUUAACCCUAGGACCUGGUUUUGCAGCAGAAAUGGCUCAUCCACUCGUGUGCUACCCUAUCAAGCGCAUGAACGCAUAUUAGGAGAGCCACCAUGGAACUCUCAUCGAUCGAUCUUUUACUUCUUUGUUUAGUAAGGUGUGCCUAUAUAUGUUCUUUGAAAGUCCUUAGGUUUGGUUGUUUUAGGAACAUGCAACCACUUCCCUCAAUCAGUACCUGGGACAAAGUUAUGAUUUGAAAUAUGUAUUGAAAUAAAUUAAUGUAUGUGUAUUAUACCU